GAACCAGGCUCAAUCUCUCGGCUCCUCCGCGGUUCUGGAGGCUUCUCCGCGGGGGCGGGGAGUGCAAGGGCGCGGGCGUGCUGGCGUCAUCCUGCCGCGCGUCAAGUGCGGCGCCGGCAGCCAUGGCGGGAAGUGAGCCGCGCAGCCGAGGCGGCUCUCCUCAGCCUCACCACAGCGACUGGGGCCGCCUGGAGGCGGCCAUCCUCAGCGGCUGGAGGAACUUCUGGCAGUCGGUGGGCAAGGAGAGGGCGGCUCCGAGGGCCUCCCCGGAGGAGGCGGAGGAGGAGACCAGUUCGCUGACGCGGCUGCCGAUUGACGUACAGCUAUAUAUUUUGUCAUUUCUUUCACCUCACGAUCUAUGUCAGUUGGGAAGUACAAGUCAUUAUUGGAAUGAAACUGUACGAGAUCCAAUUCUGUGGAGAUAUUUUCUGUUGCGGGAUCUUCCUUCUUGGUCUUCUGUUGACUGGAAGUCUCUUCCAGAUCUAGAAAUCUUAAAAAAGCCUAUGUCUGAAGUUACUGACGGUGCAUUUUUUGACUAUAUGGCAGUCUAUAAAAUGUGCUGUCCAAACACAAGAAGAUCCUCAAAAUCUAGCCGUCCUGUGUAUGGAGCUGUCACCUCAUUUUUACACUCAUUGAUCAUUCAGAAUGAACCACGAUUUGCGAUGUUUGGACCAGGUUUGGAAGAACUAAAUACAUCUUUGGUGUUGAGCUUGAUGUCUUCUGAGGAACUUUGCCCAACUGCUGGUUUGCCUCAGAGGCAGAUUGAUGGUAUUGGAUCAGGAGUCAGUUUUCAGUUGAGCAACCAACAUAAAUUUAACAUCCUAAUAUUAUAUUCGACUACAAGAAAGGAAAGAGAUAGAGCAAGAGAAGAACAUACAAGUGCAGUUAACAAGAUGUUCAGUAUACAGAAUGAAGGGGAUGAUCAGCAAGGAAGCCGGUACAGUGUAAUUCCACAGAUUCAGAAGGUGUGUGAAGUUGUUGAUGGAUUCAUCUACGUUGCAAAUGCUGAAGCUCAUAAAAGACAUGAAUGGCAAGAUGAAUUUUCUCGUAUUAUGGCAAUGACAGAUCCAGCUUUUGGAUCUUCAGGAAGACCAAUGCUGGUUUUAUCUUGUAUUUCUCAAGCUAAUGUAAAAAGAAUGCCCUGUUUUUAUUUGGCCCAUGAGCUGCGUCUGAAUCAUCUAAGUCACCCAUGGAUGGUCCAGGAUACAGAGGCUGAAACUUUAACUGGUUUUCUGAAUGGCAUUCAGUGGAUUCUUGAAGAAGUAGAAUCUAAGCAUGCAAGAUGAUCCUCCUUUUAGACCUUGGGAAGUGAAAGCAUUUGAAACGUUACUAAGGUCGUGAUGUGGAUAUUUGCUCAAGUCAGCCCAUCCUGCCCUGCCUUUUUGCAGGUAGGCUUUAUGUUGGACAGCUGUAGCUACUCAAUUUUUUAUAUAAUUUUUACUUUUUACCUUCAAUCAAUUACAAGAAGAAAGUUUCAGUGCUAGCGUUUGGCCCCCAAAUGAACCUUUUAAGAUUUUUAAAUAACUUUUAUCUUUUUUUUUUAAUAUUAAAUUCUGGAA